AUGUUAUUAUAUAAAUAUGUUAAAAUACCCUUUAUAAUGGCGGCUGUAGAUGUUAAAUUCGUUGAUAACAACCAAGAAGAUGUGCUUAUUAAAUGCCUUGAAGAAUUUUCUAAACGUAAAAAUGAAUUUGAACAAAUAAUUAAUAAAUUUGAUGGAAAUAUUUACGAAAAUCUCUCCAGCAAAUGUGGAGAAGUAUAUCAAUAUAUAAAGAAUAUAAAAGAUCAUCUAAAGAACUGUAUUGAAAAAAAUAAUGUACUAUACAAUGUUUACAUAUAUGAAAUAAUAAAGAAAAUUCCUAAAAUAUGUGUUGAUAUAUUAGCAUGUGGUAGAAAUAUAAAAACUAAUGGUGAAUCUCUUCCUGAAAUAAUUUCAGAAAUAGAGAAAUCCCAUGAAGGAAGUAAGGAGUGUAGGCAAAAAUUAAAGGAGACAGAAGAACUUAAAUCACAUUCAAUAUCAUUCCCAGAAAUCCAUGAUUCCAAAGAUUUGAAAAGUAUUGAUUCUCAAGAACUGCAAAAUCAUGUUAAUGGAAAAGUAUCAGAACAACAAACCAUAGUCUCUCAGGAGGAACAAAGUGAAAAUGAGCAUGUUAAUCAUCUUGAAACUCAACAUGAACAACAUGGAUUAUCAGACACUCAUCAUUAUAAUGUACAUGGAAAAAUAGAAACUUUUAAAGAAUCUAUAUCAUUAUCAGAUGGUUCACCAUCUACAAAAUUAGAUACCACUGCACAUGAUCUUCCUUCACAAAGAACCUCUACGAUCAAAUCUGAUCCAGGUAAUAAAUUGAACACAAUUGAUAUAGAUGAGCAUUCUAAAUUUAAUGGUACUAUAUCUGUAUGGGCUAAAAUUGGUGAAUCUGGUCUCACAAGUUAUGAUAGUGCAUCUUCUAAAAGUGAACACAUAGAUAGUGAUGGUUUAGCUAAAAUCUAUCCAGCAGAUGAAAUUUAUAGAGAUAUAUCGAAGAGUCAUAACGAUAAUAGUAAUACAGUUACUCUUGAUGAUGUUUCUGGUAGUAAAGGCCUUCAUUAUGGACAUAAUGAUGUUCAAGCUGCUGGUGUAAGAGGUAUUCCUAACCUUAGUGUAGGUAAAAAAGACUUUCUUUAUCAGAGUGAUGGCGGUAAUGGUGUUCAUAUAGAAACUUCUAUUAAUGGAGUUGUUCAUAAUGAAUUUCAUGAGAUGCUUAAAUCCGUACAACAUAAUUUAACUAGCACUGGUACAUCACCGUAUACAUAUACUGUAAUAUCUAAUGAAAAUUCAGGUAUAUAUAAUAGUGAUAGUUCUGGAAAAUAUACAGAAGGACAAAAUGGUACAAAUAGGACUAAUUCUACAGGAAAUGUAAUAACAAUUGGAAAAGAUAUUGCACUAGACAAAUCUAUUCAAGUAGAUCAAGGAAUAUCCCUUAAAGCAUAUAUCAUUAUUGCCUUAAUACCCUUGGUAAUUAUUUUGUUAUUGACAUUUCUUAUAAAACACACUUCUUUGGGAAUGUUUUUUAAGAAAAAAAAAAGAAGGAAACGAAAAGGUAUGAAUGAAAAAUUACAAAGGAUACUAUUAGGACCUUCGAAUGCAAGAGAAAGAAGGGUCCACUUGGCAUAUAGCUAUUUUGAAUAUUAA